CGUGUCGCCGGUAGAUGUGUCAGUGGUGAAGAAGAGACAAUGUCUCCAGCUCAGUGUUUGAGAGAGUUGGUCACCGAGCAACUAACUGCUGCAAAUAUUGAGAGUCUAUGAAAAAAGUGUCGUCGCGUACGAGGAAGAGAUCGACCGUCAGCGCAGACUGCUGGACAUGGUCUGGAGACCCGAGAGGAAGCUCCACAGGACCCAGCUCCCACAGCAACAUGUCUGUCAGGAGGAGGAGGUUCUUUCUGAGCAGCAGCUCUAUGACGAGGAGAGGAACUCCAGUCUGGACCAAGAGGAGCCAGAGCCUCCACAGAUGAAAGAGGAGCAGGAGGAACCAAUCAGCAGUCAGGAGGGAGAACAGCUUGUACUGAAGCAGGAGGCUGAGACAUUUAUGUUGACUCCUACGCAUGAGGAAAGUGAGCACAGUGAACCAGAACCAAACAGUGACCAGCAGCUCCUCUCUCACUACUCUCCAGUAGCUGAGAGCCAAGAUCAGAGAGGAAGUGAGCAUGUGGAGCCAGUAUCAACUAGAAAUGAAGAGACAAAGACAAAGAGAAAUAAGCAAUGUUACAACAUUUGCAACAACUGUGGGAAACGAUUCAAUCAGAAAACACAUUUGAUUGAGCAUUUGAAAAUCCACACAGACGAAAUGCCAUUUACAUGUGAGAGUUGUGGGAGAGCUUUCAGACAAAGUGUUGACUUGAAAAUCCACAUGAGAACCCACUGGGGUGUGAAGCCUGUGAAACACCUGUGGGAAAAGAUUUAUGCAACAGACCUCACUAAAUAAUCAUGCAAGAACCCACACAGGCGAGAAACCAUUCCCCUGCAACAUGUGUGGGAAAAGAUUUAUCCAACAGACCUCACUAAAUAAUCAUGCAAGAACCCACAUCGGAGAGAAACCCUAUACCUGCAACACCUGUGGGAAGAGAUUCAUGCAAAAGACCUCAUUGGAUAAUCAUGAAAGAACCC